AUGGUGACACCGGUUCAAGCGUCAUGGUUAGGUGCUCUAGGCUAUUUGGUGCAGCCGUUCGGGAGUCUGAUAUCGGCGCUAAUGACAGAUCCACUGGGCCGUAAGCGAUCGAUGAUACUCGUCAACAUUCCAUUUGUGAUCGGAUGGUAUAUGCUGUAUCAAGCGACGGCUGUUUGGGAGGUAUUCGUUGGGUUCGCAAUGCAAGGUCUGGCCGUUGGCCUGAUGGAAGCACCGAUCGUGACUUACCUUGGCGAAAUAUGUGAGCCUUCAGUGCGAGGUGUUUUGAUCGGGUACACAUUCAUCUGUGGCACCAUUGGAAUGUUCAUGAUUUACCUGCUGAACACACUGAUGGGCUGGCGUACCGUUUGCUUUCUUUGCAUGUCAGUACCUGUCAUCACAGCAAUUGCCGUGUGCUUUAUUCCCGAGACGCCUCAGUGGCUUUUGUCAAAGAAUCGAACGGCUGAAGCAGAGAAGUCGCUCCGCUGGCUUCGGGGCUGGGUAUCAAGUGAAGCCGUAGCACAAGAGUUCCACGACCUACAACGACACAGUGAACGCUCCAAGUCAUGCAACACGUGUAUCAAGAAAGAUUUGAAAUGUACUCACCCAUUGCCAACGAUGAGUGAGAAGUUCGCCGAAUUGAAGAGAAAACGAACGCUCAAACCAUUCGGCAUUGUCAUAUCGCUAUUUUUCCUAGCUCAGUUCUCAGGUAUUCUGUCGAUGAGACCAUUCAUGCUGCAGAUUUUCAAGGCAUACGAAAGCCCAAUCCCACCAGAUCAAGCAGCGGCCAUCAUGAGCCUACUUGAUAACCUGGCCAAUGUGACAUUCAUGCUUUUAGUUCGAUUCACUGGGAAACGCAAGCUCUACCUGUUCUGCUUGUCAGGCGUACUGGUCUGUGCCGCUACCAUCUCGUGGUAUGGAUUCACAUAUCUACCAGCAAAUUACAUCUCAUUCGAUCAAGUCCAUCACGAAGAAUUCCAACUGGAAAACAAAAACCUAGGCUAUAUCCCGAUGAUUUGCCUGUUGAUGUGGAGCUAUUUUGCGUUUUGUGGAUUCAACGGAAUGCCAUGGAUGUUUUUAUCGGAGCUGUUUCCGUUUAA